AUGGCACAGGAGGACAAUUUUGAGGUUCGGCUCAAAAAUACCUUCCUGGAAUUCAACGAGAUACAGGCACAGGACAAUGUGCGGCUACGAUCUCGUUCUUGGUCUUCAGGAGACAGGCAUGAUUACGAGGUGGAGCUGGCUGUGAGCGAUGUGAGCCCGGUUCCAGGGAAAUCUGAAGAUCUAGCGCUUCUUGAAGCUGAGAUAGAGAUUGCUGCAGACAUCCAAAGAACACCUGGAGAAGAGGACGACGCAGGAACUCCAAAUCCCGAUGGCCCGACACCACCAAGAUCACUCCACGCAGCGGGAACAUGCAACCCAUGCGUGUAUUUUGCUAGCCUCCACGGAUGCCAUUGGGCCAAUUGUGGCUUUUGCCACUUGGGCCAUGGUUUGGUCAAGAAGUUGCGUCCUCGGAAGCAGGCCCGAGAUGCAUACAAACAAAAGCUCGCAGAGGUCUUGGAAGAGACUGAUCCACGAGCUCGACACAUGGCGCUCCAAGAGUUGGCUACAAAAGACAAAUAUGUACGGGCGUUGAUUAUCGCACAGCUGGACAUGGAGAUUGCCCCAUGA